UGUCUGUCAGAGCUAUCUCACUGGCCUGUACCUAGAGGGGGCAUUUACACUUUGGAAACCACAGCUUAUGCUCUUCUUGCUCUUGUCAAAACUCAGAACUUUGAAGAUGCCAGACAUGUUGUGAGAUGGUUCAACACACAACAGAAGGUGGGCGGAGGCUAUGGAUCAACUCAGGCUACUAUAAUGGUCUAUCAAGCUGUAGCAGAGUACUGGAUCAACGCUAACGAACCACAGUAUGAUCUGAAUGUGGACAUCAAGUUGCCAGGAAGGUCGGCACCUGAAAAGUACAAUUUCAAUCAGAACAACCACUAUGCCACAAGAACGUCUAAGAUUAACAAUAUAAACCAGGACAUCACAGUGACUGCUAGGGGAACAGGAGAAGCAACAGUGACAUUGGUAUCACUGUAUUACGCUAAGCCCAAAGAACGGGAGAGUGACUGUCAGAAUUUUACCCUCUCAGUGGAUCUCGUAGAAGGUACUUUGAUGUCCUUUAUCUCCUCUUUUUAUUUUACUUAUCUCAUUAAAUCUGUUUGUUUCCUCAUCAUUUACUUGGACAAGGUUUCUCACACACGACCAGAGGAAAUUGCUUUUAGGAUCAAACAGGAAAUGCCAGUGGGCGUCUUACAACCCGCAGCUGUAUCUGUCUAUGAAUACUAUGAACAAACACGCUGUGUGAAAUUAUACCAUCCACAGAGGGAAGCUGGAAAACUACUGCAGCUCUGUAGAGAUAACAUAUGCACAUGUGCUGAAGAGAACUGCAGUAUGCAGAAGAAGGAAAAAAUCCCCAAUGAUGACCGCCAAGAUAAGAUUUGUGAAAGUACAGAGACCAGCAAAGUAGACUUUGCUUACAAAGUACUGGUUGAAGAGGUUGUAGAAGAGUUAUCCACAGACAGUCACAAAGUCAAAGUGCUGGACCCCAUCAAAGAAGGGAGUCUUGAUGUUGGUCCACUGAAUAAACAGCGCAUAUUUCUCAGUUAUCAACACUGCAGAGAAGCUUUAAGUCUGGAACAAGGAAAAACCUACCUUAUCAUGGGCUCAGAUAAAGAUAUUCACCGAGAUGACAAAAAGAAUACAUUCGAGUACGUAAUUGGUGAGAGAACCUGGGUUGAGUAUUGGCCUACAGCAGAAGAGUGUCAGACUGACAAAUACCGGGAUACCUGCUUGGGCUUGGAGGAGAUGGUCAAUCAGUACUCACUCUUUAGAUGCAUCGGCUAGUAAAACAAAAAA